GGGGCGGACUUGAUCCCUGCAGCAGAUGCAGGGCUCUUGAGUCCGUGCCGGCACAAUUCUGGUGCACGCGAACUCUCUUGCUGGUGGCCUCUGGACCGCGCGAUGACUGAACGGUGACCUCUGGGUCUGAGGACGAGAGUUGAAGAUGAAGGAAGCUUGCUCUUCCAGCUCUCAUGUGCCUGUCAGCGACAACAAGUCCAUUCUGAAGUCAGAACUCUUAAGCCUGCUCAAAACCUACAACUGCUACCAUGAAGGCAGGAGCUUCCAGCUAAGACACCGAGAGGAAGAAGGGACUCUGAUCAUCGAAGGACUCCUCAACAUUGCCUGGGGACUCAGACGACCCAUCCGGCUGCAGAUGCAGGAUGAUCGGGAGCGAGUGCACCUGCCGUCUGCCACAUGGGUGCCUGAGAGGCUCAGCUACCUCCAAAAGGAAGCUUUACCCCAGGACAGCAAGGUCCCUACUGAAGAGCCUGGCACUCAACCUGCAAACAAGGCAGAGGUUUCCGGAGAUAGCUCAGGAGCCCUGGAGGGGGAAGAGGAGGAGGUCCCACAGCUUAUGCGGACAAAGAGCGAUGCCAGCUGCAUAAUCCAGAGGAGGUCCAAAUCCCGGGCACCAAGCGAAGCCCAGAAGAUACGACGGCACCGGUUCUCCAUCAAUGGACAUUUUUAUAACCACAAGACCUCCGUGUUCACUCCUGCCUAUGGGUCUGUGACCAACGUCCGGGUUAACAGCACUAUGACCACCCAGCAGGUGCUCACCUUGCUACUAAACAAGUUCCGGGUAGAAGAUGGUCCCAGUGAGUUUGCACUCUACACCGUCCAUGAGUCUGGGGAGCAGACAAAAUUAAAAGAUUGUGAGUACCCACUGAUAUCCAGAAUCCUGCAUGGGCCCUGUGAGAAAAUUGUCAAGAUCUUCUUGAUGGAAGCCGACUUGAGCGAGGAGGUGCCCCAUGAUGUUGCCCAGUACAUUAAGUUCGAAAUGCCGGUGCUGGACAGUUUUGUUGAAAAAUUAAAAGAAGAGGAAGAAAGAGAAAUAAUCAAACUGACCAUGAAGUUCCAAGCCUUGCGUCUAACAAUGCUGCAGCGUCUGGAACAGCUGGUGGAGGCCAAGUAACUAGCCAGAGCUUGCCUUUUGUGAUGCCUGCGGUAGCAAGUGUGCAUGGAAUCCCAGGGACCCAGCUCUAACUGAUCGCUGACCAAUGGCUGCUGCCCAGUACCUAUGCUCAUUCCACCUCUCCACGGAUGACAUAGCAUCCUGCAUCUCUAGUCUUGGUACCAUGGUGAGCAUGCACAGGCACACCCAGGAACUUGCUGGCUAGGAUCUAUGUGCAAAGCUGGCCUAUGUGGUAAUAAAGAGCCUUGGAACUGUGGUACCAGCCACAUUGUACGGUUGAAUAGUAUGGCCAGCCUUGUUCCUGUGUAUUUCCAGCUUGAGAGAGCUGAAUAGCACCCAGUCCCUGGAGAAUGGGUUUCAUCUGCUUGCCCAGUGCCUGUCCCUGAGCCUCUGCAUGGCCACAAGUCCCUGCCCUUAUCACCCAUGUGAACAGAAACUCCCUGUCUUCCCUUGCUUCUAAUUGCCUCUCAGGAACCAUACUGGAGCAGGAGCUGACAACAGUCGUGAGAUAUGGCCUGCUUCUAACUAUUGCUUCACCAUGAUAUCCUGGCUUCCGAGCCUCCUUUCCUAGCCAACAUUCCUGGCCUAGAGGUUAGAUCGGGACUAGGACUACCAAGAUCUCAUCAGCUCUUGGCACAAAUCACCCUUAACUUGUGAGUGUGAUUCAAAGAAAUCCUUGAAAGGAGUUGUCUUCAAGAAAUAUGCCCAUUGAAUUAUGUUUUGGAAGUUGAUUCGUAUAGCAUUGGAACAGCUGACAGUGGAUCCAGAAGUGUCCCCUUCACUCCAUCUUGUGGAUGUCUAUAUGUCUCUUGCUUUCCUUGAGACAGAGUUUCUUUCUCUCUAGUGGAUAGGGAUAGCUCUCAAUACUUCCUACCAAAGCUCAGCAAAACAUGGAAAAAUGUCUAUUUGAGGACAAAAGGCUUCUAAUCCAGAUACAGAACCACUUGUUUGCUGACUGAUUGAAACCUCUGGAAUGAAUGAGAAAACUAUGCAGUGGUUUACAUCAGUUUUGGGAAUGAUUGUCUAACAGAGCAAACUAAAGGCCAGCUUCUUCCCCUGAGAUCUGUGGACAGUGGAUUUAAAGAGAAGUAUGAUGAAGGCCUUCGAAGACAGAGUUCCAUCUUCAAGGCAGUGCAUGUGGAAGCCACUCAUGGAGCCCAGAAGAGCAGAGUGUGAGAACAGCUGUGCAGGGGGAAGCCACGAGGCAGGGUAGAUGUCGCCUCUAGAUUUUCCAGACCCAGCUCUGUUUCACAGAGAUACUCAGCUGCCAAGAGAGGUCUCUUGCCUCCUCCCCUCUUUGGCACUGUACUUUCUUCGGUGCUUAAUAAACGCCUGUUGUGUUGAGCAGAAACUGCAGGACCAACCUUUCUUGUGCUUCUUCUUGUUGUGCUUAUUGCCUUGAUCCAUUUUUCUAAUCCCCGAAGCUGUUGUACCACGCUAUUAAGAGCUGCAGUUGGCAGAGGAACCACCCACCUGUUGGAACCUGUCCACAUUGACAGGACUUCUUCACCUCAUGCACGGUCUGAGAAUUGGUGUGACGCCUGAGGCAAGGCUGCCCUGCUUUAGAACACCAGAAAGGACUCACUGGUGGUCGCCUGUGGGUGGCCUGAGCAAUAAAGUCACCCUAAAUUGCAGAAUUUUAGCAUCAGAAGUGCAAAGGAAUCUUCUAGCCAGAGACUCUGGAAUUGAAAACCUGAACUGGAUUUUUAGCCUCAAGACAUCUGCCUGUCCGCUGCUCAGAGGUAAUUAACUGACUUGCCAGGCCUGUGCUAGACCCUGGAGGAACAAAGACAGAGCCCUGGUAAUUCCUCUUCUGGAGAAGCAGACUUGGAGACAGUUAUGUGCCUGAUAUUGAGCAGACAGCUAAGAGUGAAUGGUACUGACUAGUACUGUAAGCCACGAGACAGCUUCCGUCCCUGACACAGGAACUCAGUGCUGGGGGAACCACUGACACAGGAAACCCUGGAAGUGGCCACCAACUUGGUGGUGUUUCACAGCUGUCCAAAUAUUACUUAAGGCUUUUUAAAAUAAGUUUUACUUUCAAAAUAUUAUCAAAACUAAUUUCUGAAUGACUAGAGUUUGGAAAAACUCUAGCAAGUUGCACAGAGCAGUGCUCUCUGCUGUGUUCCUCUGAAGUGUUCACAAAUGUUAGACUGACCUGCCACAUCUGCUCUCUGAGGACAACUGGAGAACCAACCUUUGCAGGGCAUAACAACCCCGGAACUGGAGACUAUGGAGGCUGUGGCUUCACAGUGUGCUUGGGCUAUCACCUGCAAUGGAGGUCACAGCCUUCUGGUGUGUUCUCCACUUCUCAGAUGAUAAAGGUAUCUAUAGAUAAAGUGAAGAUCCUGGUUAGAAAGGACUGUCUUCCGAAAUAGAUCUGUCCUCAGAGCCUCACAUAGUAAACAGCACAGGUUGAAAUCAGUGUGAUUACAAGAUUGCAAAAGUCCCGAGCUCAGGAUAAACAGGGUUGUUUGUCCAGAUCAAAUGACCAGAACGGAUCGGAAACAAGAGUAGGGGCAAGACUUGUUUUUCUAAAGCAAUAACCUUUAGACUUUCUCAGUGACAAAACAAAGCCUUUCACCCAGAAUCCAUCUGGCUUCUUGGUCACAGGGCGAGGAGAGAGGUCUUAUGUACUCUACUCAGGUGAUUUGGUAGGAACUGGAAUUAUGCCAGCUGCGCUGUGUGAACACAGCUGCAGAGAGACAUGCCAUGGAAUGUCCUUAUCAGGGGUACUCUGACUACCAGGUCCUCAGGCCCUCUGACCCUCAUCAGUGGCAAGCAGGAAGUCUGGUCGGUCCCAGCCAGGCAGUAGCACGUUUCAAAACAACCAGACACACGGACUAUAUUUAGGCCCCAAGAACUACACUUGGGUAUUAGCCAGCUGUUGACGUGCUGGGAGCCUCACAGAGCCUGAGGUGGGGCUCUGUGCCCUCCAGCAGGGUUGGGACAAUGGUUUGCUGCUAGUCUAAGAACAUGGGAAUUCCCAGGGUUUCCUUUUUCAUCCAGCCCAAGGGGCAUAAGACAGUGCCUCGGGCUUGUCUAACUGACUCAUUGUCCAGGCUCCUGGGCUGAAGGACCCACAUUGAGAGAAACAGAGCAUGUUUGAUCCCAUACUCAGGCCAUUCAAAUGACCCGUCCUGCUGUCCCUGGACUGUGGGUCAGUUCUGCCAAUGACAGCAGCACUCCUCACUGAUACAGGGCUUAUUCAUGUACAUGUAUGUACACCUGCAUGUGUAGCAAAACACUUAUGUGAAGACCAGGGUCUAAGGAACAAAACCACAGAAAAGGGAAAUUACUUUGCUAGGCUGUUUCUCAGCUGUUGUUGUUGUUCUAGAUUUCUUGUUCUAUAAUGUUCUUUAAAUAUUCAACCCACUCCGGGUAAGUGGCCCCUGUGGUGCAGAUCUCCAGAGAAGCUAUGGCCACCGAACUAAGACUCCCCAGAAAGAAAAUCUGCUAGGUGCCCAGGCCGUGGCCUCUCCUCUUACCCUUUGUCUUCUUCUCCCUUUGUCUGAGGACUACAUGCUACUGUUCUUCAUAAUUUAAUUUACUUAAAGAUGACGUGGUUCCAAAACUUGACUCUGUUAAGUGUGUACAUGUGGGUGUUUCACCACAUCUGGUCCUCGUGUGUGAGAACCAGCUGCCAAAGGCAGAAGGUGCUGUGAAUCGAACAGGAGGCACAGAUUGACCCCAGAGUGCAGAGUAUAACUUAUGGACUCACAGGCUUCCUUCCGUGGCCUGAGAAGCAACAAGGCAGAAGAUCCUCAUAUCUCAAGUAGGAGUAAGACGUUUAUACAUCACUCCAGACAAGUGUGGGCUGCAGUUAACCAGUAUAUACCACAUCUCUCUCCAAAGCUGUUGUCAUAUCCAGUAUGAGUUAAGAAGAAUACUGUGUGUCAGUGACCAGCACAGAGUGCUUGGGUAUCCUAACAGCUUUGUCUCACAGGGUUGGUGAUGUGGGCCAAGGUCAGCUGGUAGGCAAUAUGGCAGUUAUAGUGAGCAUUCUUUUCAUCACGUCAGACUGGAUUCUACACUGGGGAAGUUACUUGCCUCAAUUUCCCUAUCAGUCAGAUAGGGGUAAACAUGGUUCCUAGCUCUCAAGGUUACUGAGAGUCAUAGCUUUAUUGCCUUAACAAGGCCAGAAAUCUCAGCAUCACAGGAGAUUAUCAAUCUCUCAGAAACUGUGGGACUAUAUAGUACCCAUGGUGAUCCUGGAUCCCCAGACUCCUUGGGACAUACUAUUGAAGCAGAGUGACGGUAGGAGCGUGUGUAUUGGGGCUGCUUCUGGGCCACUGUGUUGCCUCCAUCCACUCUUGGCCAGUGUGAGUCCCCUAGUAAAGUCCUCAUCUGGAGCUAAACACUCUAGGUUGUGUGGGGCUUAGCCUUCCUAAUGCUCCAAUCCUUUAAUACACUUCCUCAUGGUGUGAAGACCUCCCAACCAUAAUAAUUACUUUUGUUGCUGCUUCGCAACUGUAAUUCUGCUACUGUUAUGUGUGAAUCGCAAUGUAAAUAUCUGAUAUUUCCAGUGGUCUUCGUUGACCCCUGAAAGGGAACAUUGGACCCCAAAGGGGUUGUGACAACCCACAGGUUGAGAACUGCUGCACUGGGGAUUCUGAGAAUUGUCCCCUCCCCCCCAAUACGGAAGAGAACAAAAAUCAAAGAAGAUGUAUGUCCCACACAGCCAUUAUGGUCGUGUUAUGGUAGAGUUAAAGACCUUAAAGGUUCCUCAGACAGUACCUGGCUGAAGUGUAACAAUAGGAUGUGUUAGGCUAACACAUGACUCAGGGCAUGGGGCUUUGACUGCUCACACCACUUUUCCUUGCCACUUUGAUGCCCAUGUCCUUUCCUGGCCCAGGCUUCUCCCCAGACUUCCCUCCCAGUCUUUCCACUCACAGUGGCUUUGCUCCUUUCUUUCCUCACAUUUGUCUCCUUCCAAAACACCACCACUCUUUGACUGCCUGCCUAUUCUCAAUCCCUUUGGGCCUUUUGUAGCCGGUGUAGCCGUUUUUCUAUACAGGAAAGAAGGAUGCUCUCUCUACCUUUAAGUGAGGCAACAAAGACUUACGACUCAUGACUAGUAGCCCCAGUGCAUUUUGGCUCUUGCAUUUUUUUCCUAGUUCACCAGUGCCCACCACCAGUGCCCACCACCAUUGCUCCCCGCUGGCACCAACCACGAAUGACAACAGUUUAGUAAUAAAAUUAGCAAUAAAUCAUGUUUAUUGUGUGUUAC